UCUCGGCGAUUGACAGAUGGAUGUGGUUUGACUCGGAGUCAGGGCUGAAAGCGUUUCGUGAAAAAACAGGAACAAAUUCACAUCUUUGUUUUGUUUUUUUUUAAUCUGCAAUGAGAGGUGAACAGACUGAAAAUGGAGAAAACUCUACGAACUCGCAGAGCGAAGUCCUGAUCAACCAGCUGCGGGAGAUUACUGGCAUCCAGGACCCACAGAUUCUCUACAGAGCCUUGAAUGCCAGUCAAGGUGACAUUGGACAUGCUGUUGGACUGCUGACAACCCAGUCUGCAGAUGUUCAGGAUCCUGGAGAACCACAGGAGUUAGGGACCUCUGCAGAGGCUUGGGAGGGCCAAAAAGGACUUCCUAAAGAUGAACUGCAGACGGCCAUAGAACUCAGCCUGCAGGAGUCCCACAAUGCCCAGGAAGAGGAGAGAGAGUUUCAUAGGGCUCUGGAGGUUAGUGCAGAGGAGAAUGCAGCCAGAAUGAAGAGAAAGAGAUGUGAAGCCCAGAGUGAGAUGUGCAGUCCUGCAGACUGGAUCCGUCAGGACGACUGGCCUGUGGGCAUUCGCAAUGUUGGCAACACCUGCUGGUUCAGUGCCGUCAUCCAGUCAUUGUUCCACCUGCCCGUGUUUAGGAGGCUGGUUCUCAACUACCAUCUGUCUGAGCGAAUCCUGGAGAAGUGUAAGAGCCAUUCUGACAAGAGGAACAUAGCGUUCAUGCAGGAGCUGCGCUGUCUGUUUGCCCUCAUGCUGGGCACCACUCGCAGGUUUGUGGAUCCUUCUGCUGCAGUGGAGUUACUGCGAGAUGCCUUCAGGACCACUGAGGCCCAACAGGAUGUCAGUGAGUUUUCCCACAAACUGCUUGACUGGCUAGAGGAUGCGUUUCAGCUAGCAGCCAAUGAUAAUGUAGAAGACAAACAACAAAAUCCCAUGGUCCAGCUUUUUUAUGGUACCUUCGUGACAGAAAGAAGACAUGAGGGUAAAACGUUGUGUAAUAUCGAGCAGUUUGGCCAGUACCCCCUGCAAGUCAAUGGCUUCAACAACCUGGACGAAUGUUUAGAAGGUGCUAUGGUUGAGAAGGAUAUUGAGUCUCUACAUCCAGAUCACAGCGUCACAUCUGCCCGUGAGAGAUGGUUUAAAAAGUUACCACCAGUCUUGACAUUUGAACUGUCUAGAUUUGAAUUCAACACCCAGCUUGGUCGUCCUGAAAAGAUACACAAGAAACUGGAAUUCCCACAAAUAAUUUAUAUGGACAGAUAUCUUCACAAAAACAUCGACCAGACCCAUCAGAGGAGAGGAGAAGUGAAAAAACUCAAGGAGCAACUUGCAGCCCUUCAACAGAAACUUGAGUGCUACAAAAACUAUGGCUCAGGACCUACCAAGUACCCUCUGGCUGACAUGCUGCAGUUUGUGCUGGAGUUCGCCACCACCAAGCCUUCAAGUGUUUCCCCAGCUGAAGAUCUGAGACCAGCCUCUCCGACACUUGCAAGUCACCUCCUCGGUGAACUCACCUCCAAAGACAACAGUGAACCUGGAGACACAGAUUCAUCUGAGAGUUUGGGUGCCAGUGUUUCCAGUUGCCAGCGGACCCCCAUAUACAAGCCCUUCACCCAGUGCAGACUCCCUGUUGACUGCCCACCACACCCUGCCCCCCAUAGCAUCACUGAAGAAGAACUGCACUUUGUUAAGAACUGCCUACAGCGUUGGAGGACUGAAGUCGAGAAUGACAUAAAUGAGCUAAAGGCCAGCAUUGAAAGACUCAGUCAGACGCUAGAGGCCAUGUACUCAGACAACAGUCUCUGCCAGGCACCCUACAGACUGCAUGCAGUGCUCGUCCAUGAAGGCCAGGCUUCAGCAGGCCAUUACUGGGCCUACAUCUACGACCAUGCCAACAAGCGCUGGAUGAAGUACAAUGAUGUAAGCAUCACUGAGUCGUCAUGGGAGGAGCUGGAGCGGGACUCGUUUGGGGGCAUGACCAACGCCAGUGCCUACUGCCUGAUGUAUAUUGAUGACAGGCUACCCAACCUCAUUACAGAAGAUACAGAUGAUGAGACAGGCCAGGUGCUGCAUGGUAUGGACUCCUUGCCAUCCGUCCUCAGGCACUACGUCCAUGAAGACAACCGCUGGUUCCAGCAGGAGCUCAGUGAAUGGGAGGAGCAGUUCUGCCAGACUGCAGCCCCACAGGGAGAGUCUAUAGCCUCUGCAGAGCCCCCCAACCCCAGUCCAGACAAUAUACUCCAAACUGUAGUGGAGCCAGCGCCCCAGUCAGGACCAACCACUGAAGAAGUGGACCAGGGAGCUUCUUCAGAGCCACAGCCAGACCCAGAAGCAGAGAAGGAUCCAGAGCCGGAUCCCAGAGAGAACACUGAAGAAGAAUCAGAGUUAACACCUCCACCACCACAGAGCCCCGGCUGCCAGCCAGACGUCAUGAGCAGUGAGGCAGUCACUGACACCCUGGCACCCAGCCAGAGCUCCACCUCUCCUGAGAAGGAGCUUCAGAGUCAGAAUCCCAGCCCUGAAGCAGAGCUUAGUAACCAAGCAGACGCUGACCUCCAUGUGGAGAAGGAUGACUCACAGGCGGCAGGCCUCAGCCCUCCAGCUGAAGGUGAGCCAGAGGCUCCCAGGGAAGCUCCUGAACAUGAAGCAAAGCAGGAGGAUGAGGAGCCGCAGCAGGAGGUCCCGGUGAGACAGAGACAGACUGAGAACGAGGUCUCAGAAGUGGAGAUCCCCAACGUGGGCAGGAUCAUGGUGAGAGCUGAUGCUGAUGGAUACAAUGAAGAGAUGAUGUUGACUCCAGCUAUGCAGGGCGUCAUUCUUGCCAUAGCCAAGGCCAGACAAGUUUUCGAUAAGGAAGGGCCUGAAGCUGGCCUCAUCAAGGCCUUCCACGAGGAGUAUUCCCGCUUGUUUGAGCUCUCCCAGGAGAAGACCACACCCCAAGAGGACCCUCGGCUGCAGCACGCUCUGGUCUACUUCUUCCAGAACAAGGCACCCAAUCGCAUUGUUGAGAGGACGCUGCUGGAGCAGUUUACCGACCGCAACCUGAGCUUCGAUGAGAGGGCCAUCAGUAUCAUGAGGGAAGCCCGAACCAAGCUGCGCCUCAUCAAGCCAGAGGAUAUGGAUAUGGAUGAGUACUUGCAGUGGCACGAUGACUACAAGCUGUUCAGAACGGUGUUUGUCUACCUGCUGACUGGACUGGAACACUAUCAGCACGGGAAGAUGCGGGAGGCGCUGAUCUUCUUGGCUCAUGCUUAUGAGACCAACGCCACCCUGCUGAAGAACGGAGAGAAACGUGGCAUGGACACGUCUCUUAUUGCCACUUACAGAAGGAAAUGCCUCACUGCACUGAAUGAAAGCGCAUCGCAGCUGUUUUGCAGCGGUGAGGAGACCAAUGUGGAGGAGGGCAUUGCCCUCAUGGACGAGGCUGUCAUCCCCUGCCUUCACCUCAUGAGUCGUGACUCUGCUUUAACCCAGGAAGACCGGGAUGCCAUGGAAAGCAUCCGCAGCCACUGGUGCUGCUGCCUGGGACAGGACAUGGAUGACUCAUUGCAGGUGAAGCUAGGCGAGUUUCUGCCCCGAGUUCUGGACGGUUCAGCUGAGACAGUAGUUCUUAAAGACCCACCAAAAGUCCAUGUCAACCAGGCCCACGAUCUGUGCAGCCGGCUGGCCGCUGUCAUGGAAUCCAUCCACAGCACCUCCAUAGUCAGCGUCAAGUAAAAGAAUGAAUCCGCCAACAACAUCCUUGAACACUGCAUCCAACCUGCAAGCAAAUUGACCGAUAGCUCAUUCUGGCCUGACAGACUGUGGGGUUGAGACAGCAUGUAGAUUUUAAACAAGCCAAAUUAUGUAUUUCAUUUUUUCUGCUGGUUACGUGUUGCACAUGAAUAUCACUUUGAUGAUUUACCAUAGCAAGCUAAGUAGACUUUAGGUGUAGAUAGGGAUUAGGUUAUCACUUCAUGGAUCAUUACACUGGAAAAGUCCCCGAAAGGCUUCAAAACUCUUAAUGAUCAAGAUACAUCCUCCACAUUAUUCUCACUAUCAGCCAUCCCCUCUUUGCUAAAAAUGUGUAUUUAAAAAUCAUAAUGGCCUUAAAGCAGAAGCAGGUUACGCAAAAGUGGCCCAAAAAAACAGUUAUUUGUUUACUAGAUAUCAGUUGUCUCAGAACCUCUCUGACUUCCUCGAUAUCCUCUUGGUUCCCACUCCAAAGAUCACAUUACCUUCUGUCUUGGCCAGUUUUGAUGCUACGUAGUGACUCUGAUCUUUCCCUUAAAACUGUCGAUAAAACUGUAAAGGUUCAUAUAGCUGUAACCAGCUUCUUGACAGCCAAACAAUUAUUCAUGAAACCAACUUGCUGAACAAACAAGAUGUCAUCAGUCGGAGAACAGAGAAUCUAUAAACUUCAGUCUGGAUGUAUUUUAUUGGCUGGCAAACUUGUUAACUUAAUAUUUUGGCGACAGUGGGACUCUCUCUCAGCUCAGCAUGAAGAGACUGGAUUUGUAAGAGUUGUUGUUGUGUUGCUAAGCAGUGUGAAUGCACAAUACGGCCUUUACACAGGGCUAAAAGAGAAACACUAGAUUUGUACUGCACAGUAACAAAUGCUUUUUUAAAUAUAUGUUUUAUAUUACUUUGUAUUUUUCCAAAACUGGAAAUUUUACGUGUAGAUGAAGCUAGAAAGAAAGAUGUCCACAGUACUCUCUUUGUUUAAGUGUGACAGUGUCCUUUUGGGAAGCACCUUGCUGAAAAGAUGUGCCUUUUCUGUCCUUUUGAAGGGUUCUCUGUAAACCGUGUAAACCCUUUGAAAAGAAAGAGUCCCAGAUUCAACUCAGUAUUAUGAAUGAGUCCUCUAAAUCAGGGUUUUCACACCAGCUACUCUAACAGCCAUUUAUGGCUGCUGAUUUCACAAUGCUUUUUCACUUGUACACUGUGAUGAUACUCAGUAAAUGUUUUAAAUGCA